GAAAAUACCAGAGCUCAAGAACACUUGGUUCCAAUCGAAUGAAGAACCCCCUAAAACCCUAAACCCAUCGAAUGAUCUAUGAAACCCGAUCACGACAUUGAAUUCUCCGAAGAAACCUCUCGCGAAAAUGCCCGCGAAGAUCCACCGCGGAUCACUCCUCAAGCUCUUCGCCGCCUCCCGGAGCCCCGCUCACCCUCGCUUCUUCUGCACCCAGACGACGCCCACCGAGCCGCGGACUCAGAAGCUCGAGCGGAUCGCCGACGAGCUCAUCAGCCUCACCAAGCUCGAGAGAUAUGACUACUCCAUCCUGUUCAACCUCAAGAUGGGUCUCAACAAGUACGGCCCCGCGGUCUCCGGAGUCGGGUCGGGAGGACCCGGGCCGGGCUCGAAGCACGCGGAUGCCGGCGCGGGUGCUGCGGCGGUGGCGGCGGAGAAGACGGUGUUCGACAUUAAGUUGGAGAAGUUCGAUGCCGCGGCGAAGAUAAAGAUUAUCAAGGAGGUGAGGGGGUCCACGGAUUUGGGGCUGAAGGAGGCCAAGGACUUGGUGGAGAAGGCGCCGGCGGUUCUGAAGAAAGGGGUUACGAAGGAGGAGGCGGCUCCGAUCUUGGAGAAGCUCAAGGAAUUGGGUGCUACUGUGGUAUUGGAAUGAAUUUGGUUCCUUUUUGACAUUUUGCUUUUAUUUUUCUAGUCGAGUUGAUGUUGUAAUUUGGAAUAACAUUGAGCUGAGCAUUGGCAAAUGAAUCAAAUUUUGAUGAUAUGUGCGAAUUUUCUCCAUUCCGGGGAAUUAUUUCUGAGUGUUGCUCCUUGUGGGUUUUGUGCUGGGAAAAUGUUUGGGAAGUGUUGGUGAAGUUGAGCAUUGCUUAUCGAAGAGGCAAUUGACAGUCCACUUUCGAUUUCCUGGUGGAGUUCUUGCUGGCAAUGAACAUUGCUUCGUCAAGCAUAGCUUUUCCAAGUUUUGUGUUGGGAUUAUUCGAAAUUUGUAUACUGGAUUGAUUCUUCAUUUGGAAAUAGAGCUUUGGUUCAGACUUCUACUGAA